AUGGCAGCACUGCCAAGUCUUUCUCAUAUUUUUUUUCCAGCUAUCCAUUGCAAUCUGAAUCCAAAUGGUAUUGAUCACCCUGUCCCCACAGAAGAUAUUAAUCUGCAUCUUGAAGGUGAAGGAGUUGAUUCACCCGUGGUUAAGAACACUGGUGCUCCAAAAGGGCCUGAGUCAAAAGACACACCCAAGAGACAAGUGGAGCCAGAAAUAUCUAAGUCUGGGACUGUGAAGCUGACCAAGCCUGUGGCGUUAUGGACACAGCAGGAUGUCUGCAAAUGGCUGAAGAAACAUUGCCCUAAUCAGUAUCAAAUCUACAGCCGUGCUUUGCUGAGACUUACUGACAAAAAGCUUGAACGAAUGGGCAUUGCCCAGGAAAGCCUGCGACAGCACAUUCUGCAGCAAGUCCUUCAGCUGAAGGUGAGAGAAGAAGUCCGAAACCUCCAGCUGCUUACACAAGGUUCCCCUCUGGACACAUCAGCUAGUGUAUGA